GUUGCCAGAUCUGUCAACAAAAAAACCAAAACAAAUUGAGAAAAAUAGUUUACAGAACAGUUUAACAAAAUGCCAAUGAUCCCGUUUUUUCCGACUCUGAAGCCUACUGUGGCAAAUCGCUUCUGGUUCGAUAUGCCAUCCAGUGUCGGCGAGGAGAAGCGGUACGAGGAUGAACGUAAUAACUGGCGGGAGAGCCUUAAGACAGCGGCCACAGAUUUGCAGCCCUUGGGCAAGGUGCUGACCAUUCCAGGCAUUGAGACAGACGAUGAAGACGCUAACGACGACAGCGAGGACACUGAUAGCCAUGAUGAGGAGGAUGAGGAAACCAAUGAUCGCGUCAUUCCGGUCGCUGAUGACUUCUAUUCAGCCAAUGAUAUACAAAUGAACGAAGAGACUUCACCAACAACAGCUUAAAACUUUAAAUUUAUCGUUAAGGGAUACACACAACUUUUAGGUCAUUUAUUUUAACUUUAUGUACCAAAUUGUACUUAAAGCAUAUAUAAAUUUCAUAACUUAUUAAGCACA